AUGGCUUUGUCAGGAUUGUCAUCCAUUCGUACGGCAGGGGUCGCCUUAUGUGUGCUGUGUAUCGUUAUACUGGUGACGGAAUACUCAGGAUUAAACAACAAUACUGUGUACAUGAGUGUCGAAACAUCUCAGGAUAAGGCUUCUGAUGUACAAGGAAUUCAAAGAGCACACGAUGAAGCCGAUUUUUCUACGACAAAGACAAUCCUUGCUUAUAGUAAGAGCAGAUGGCUGAAUGAGUGGGUCGGCCGCAGAUGGGAUACCACCGAAGUGUUUAAGUCAUGUCCAUUAUCCACAAACUGCAUCCUCACUCUAAAUAAGUCCUUGGUAGAUGACGCUGAUGCUGUGAUGAUUAACUGGUUAACUCUUUGUAGACAUUGGAAAAAACAAAGAAGUCAAGUUUGGAUUAUGUUUGAAUUCGAGUCACCAGAUUACAACGCUCGUUAUGAAAAGAAACGCUGUUGGCGAAAUAAAGUUGUCAACUGGACGCUUACUUAUCGAAGGGAUUCGGAUUUCUCGUUGGUACAUGGGCUAUUCCAUCCGCAAGACACAGGAUAUAAUGUGGAUGAAAAAUUAUUGCGAUCAAAAUCAAAAACAGCUGUCGGCUUCAUAAGUCACUGCAAUGCAUCGUCGAAGCGUGAGAAAUUUAUACGUGCACUUCGGUCGCAUGGUGUUGACAUAGACAUCUUCGGCAGGUGCGGGAAUCUAAGAUGUGGUGGAGAAUUUAACACUAAAUGGAAAGGUGUGUGGAAUGUGACGUCUGAUCAUCAGGACCAUUGUUUUGAUGUACUUGACAAUAGAUAUAAAUUUUAUCUAUCUUUUGAAAAUUCCUUGUGCAAAGAUUAUGUCACAGAAAAGUCUCUUCAUCUUGUUUUACGUCAUCAGAUCGUGCCAUUGAUUAGAGAUGGUGCCAAUCGGACACUGUAUCACCCACCACAUUCCUUUCUUGACACAAAAAAUUUCAAAAGCGUAAAAGAACUUGCAAAUCGUAUUAAGUUUUUAUCGAAUAAUUUUGACAGUUAUUUGAAAUUUUUUCAAUGGAAGAAAAAAUACACUAUCGGCACAGUAAGUGGGGUUUUACAAUCAAUAUUCUGUGACAUGUGUCAUCGCUUGCAUCAUCAGCACAAAUAUACACGCUUAUAUCGCAAUCUGAAGAAUUUUUAUACCAACUCACAUGAUACGCAUGAUGAUGAAGGUAUCUGCAAAACACCACAUGAUAUAAUCUGA